AUGACGAACCCACCGAACGGUACGGCGACAGAGACCACGGGUCUGGUGAGCGGACGAGAGAAUGGCGACGCCAAUCGCAGAAAGAGCUCUUUGACGGCCUUCUUCGAGUUCUUUGCGCACAAGAACCAUACGGCGGGAUUGGAGAGUGAGAACCAGUUCGUGAGGAUUCCUGCACAAGUAGUGCAAGCUACUAAAGUGACAUUGUACAGCAACUACGUUAAUAUCCUCCUGGUCUUCGUACCGUUGGGUAUAGUUGCUGGCGCAAUGGGCUGGAAUCCCACGACUGUUUUCAUUCUCAAUUUCUUUGCCAUCGUACCGCUCGCCGCCGUCCUCUCGUUUGCGACUGAAGAGAUAUCCAUGAAGCUCGGUCAGACAAUGGGUGGUCUUUUGAAUGCGACAUUUGGAAAUGCAGUUGAGCUGAUCGUCAGUAUUGUGGCAUUGAAGGAUGGGCAGAUUCGAAUUGUUCAAUCUAGUAUGCUGGGAAGUAUCCUCUCCAAUAUGCUCCUUGUACUUGGAUGUUGCUUUCUCGCAGGUGGCAUUCACAAUACUAGGACAGGAACAGCACAGGGUAUUGAGCAAGACUUCAACUCAACCGUCGCAUCUACAAUGUCCUCAUUGAUGACAGUUGCAGCUGCUUCUCUCAUCAUUCCAGCCACAUUGUAUGCUGCGAUGACGAACUCUAAGGAGAAUGCCGACAAGAACAUCAUUAUCCUAUCCCAUGGCACAUCGAUUAUUCUCCUCAUUCUUUACGUUAUGUACCUCUUUUUCCAACUUCGCACACACGCCAACCUCUUCGACGCAGAGACAGCCGCAGAGGAUGAAGAUGGAGAAGAGGAGGAGCCACAAUUGAGCCCUUGGGCAGCUGGAGGUGUUCUCUUGGUCGUCACCAUUGCGGUAGCAGUAUGCGCCGAGUACCUUGUCGGAUCCAUUGACUCUCUCGUCGAGACCGCGCACAUUUCAAAGACCUUCAUUGGACUCAUUCUCCUUCCGAUUGUCGGAAAUGCUGCCGAGCAUGUCACAGCUAUUGUGGUCGCCUUGAAGGACAAGAUGGACUUGGCUAUGGGGGUUGCAAUUGGUAGCUCAAUGCAGAUUGCCCUUCUCGUCACCCCGGCUUUGGUCCUUCUCGGAUGGGCUAUCGACGUCCCCAUGACACUUCACUUCGAGCUCUUCGAGACCGUCGUAUUCUUCUUGAGUGUUCUCGUCGUAACCUAUGUAAUUAAUGAUGGGAAAUCAAAUUGGCUCGAAGGCAGCAUGCUUCUGGGACUUUACGUCAUAAUUGCUCUUGCGUUUCUGGUGUAUCCUGACGAUGUGGGCCCGAAAUAA